GGCUUCGGCUCGAUUGAUCUGUCGGGCGGGGUGUGAAACGUUUCUUUAGGCGGGGCCUAGCCUGUGGACUGGCUGAGGGAGUACCGUUGCAUGCGAGCAAAGACGGAGCCUCGAAGACGAUUAGUAGCUUCUCGGAGUUUGGUUUGGCAAAGGCUGUUCCUUGUCGGACCGAUGGAAGUGAAUGCCUGGACGGUUGGCUCCAAUGGCCCUACCGAGAUGUGUGGGGUGAUUCCCAAGAUUAACGGUGGGUACACGGGCGGCAAGUCGGGAUGGGGUAUUCUGGGCAAGAAGGAUGGGCGUGGGAAAAACGAGAUGGCGCGAUGGUUGUCGCCCCCUGUCUACUCUAGUGGUUCGGAAAUGCCCGUAGAUGUAAGGGAAGGGGUAUCUGUCGUCCUCCCAGAAGAAGGAACGUGGACGGAUCUAGAGCCAGCCUAUGAAACUGUGAUGCUGGAUGAAAAGGACACGUUCCUUUGGAUAGAGACGAUUUGGACUAAGAAGACCAAGGAUGAGCACGCGAUGGCACGAAGGAGGACGUUUCUUGAAGAUCGCCCCCUAGGCAUUGAGCCACCCAGGGAAGUAGAGGGCGGGAUAGAGGUUAGCCUGCUGGCCGUGAGCGAGGGUUGGCACCCGGUGGUGGAUUGGGUCGGUGUUGAACUCGUGGGAAAUAUGGUUUACUUGGUAACGAGGGUCGAGUGGCGUGCUGAUGAGCAUGGGGAGUGGAACCCAGACCCGCGGGGCCAUGUGCGUGCCGACGGGCGAUUGUAUAUGUCCGAGGAUGGGUGGCACGAGUUCGGGGUCCUGUUGGCAUCAGGGGAAGAUCCAUUAAGUAUGUUCGAAGGGGCAUGGCAGUUAGUAUGGGAGGCGGGAUUUGACUUCGCAGAUCCGGAGGCCGAUGACGUAACGGCAGACCUUAGGGUAGCCAUGGUCGGAAGUUUUGAAUUGCCCAGUGAAAAUAUUCGGAUGAGGCUGCCGCCUUUUCUGCUGGAAAGGCUAGGCGGCCUGGAACUUGUCAGACGGGCGGUGGCCGACCUCGCCAGCUUGACAUAUGAAGAAACAAUGAUACACCGAGAAUACUAUCGGGCCUUCCUAGAGAUGGGGCCGUUCAGCGGAGAACAGAAGUAUGAGGUGUUGCGAAUCCUACACGCCGCGUUUACCACUAGACCAAGGGCUCCGGUUGUAGGCAGUGAGGUUCUGUGGGGCGUCGUUCGACGGGAAAUAAGUCGGGGGAUGACGUACGUGGAUGACCUGCAUCGAUUGUAUGAGCCGACGGAGCUAGGUAAGGAGAUGGCGUCGCAAGAACAGGACGACAACCAGCAGAGCAGAGGGAGUCAGGGUACGAAUAGGGACGAGGAACAGAACGAGGGGUCGGAUCAGGAAUCAGCAAAGCCAGAAGGGACCAAAGAAGAAGGGAAGGGCCUCUCCACAGGGGAAAGUUCAGGAAAAGUUGGGGGUAGCAAAAGAGGACCCCAGGAGAAUAGGGAAGGGAGGGACGACGAAAGGGUGAGUCCUCGGAACUCCGGAGGAACCACGCCCAAGAAAACGAAAGUCUUGGAUGCACGCCGCAAAUUGGCAGAAAUAGAAAGGCGGACCGCAAAAUACAAGGCGAGACUUAUUGAACAAAUGAUGGUUGGGAAUGAAGAGGAUCUCCAGGGGGAAGGGUUACGAGAGGGACGCAGGACCAGUCAGGGCGAAGCCAGGUACGGAGCAAAAGAUAACAGCCAUAAGGGAACACCCAGCAAGAAGGGGAAGGAAAAGGGGGACUCCCCGGCUAUAGAGGCAGAAAAAGCCACGACCCCGCCGGCUAUCGACAACGGCGCUAGUCGUGUGCCCACCACGCCCAAAGCAACAAAGGGAUGCGAUGGACUCUGGAGUCUCAGAGAGAGGGUGUUAGGCUGGUUUGAUCCAGAGGGAAUACCGAAAACCGGGGAAAAGCACAAGGAAGGCAGGGAAGGAGAGGGGAAAAGUGCGGUCGGUGAGGCGGGUAGCUCUGAGGGGGGACUUAAAAGGAUAGUAGCCACCCUCACACGGGCUCUGAAUAAGAAUCAAGGGUAUCUCGCAGACGCAAAGAAGAAACUCACUUUCGAUGGGGCAAACAUCACGAAAUUCGUGAUAGAUUACGAGAACCUGGCAGCCUUACUGAAAUGGACUGAGGAAGAAAAGAUGGACCACGUAGGGCAGCACGUAUCGUUGAGCUUAGGAAGGGACAUUAUGGCUAUCGUCUCCUCUAGUGGGUCCUGGAAGGAAACCCGGAAUGAGAUGAUGAGGAAGUACCUGAAGGCGGAAAAAAUGGCGACAGAGGUUGAAUUGGCGGCGGUCCAAAGGAAAAACUAUACUACUUACAAUGACUUUCUGAGGGCAUUCACUCUAGUGGCAGUGCGAAUCCCCAGGGCCAAUUUUAUCCUAGAAGGCAAUGGGCAGGAUAGGGUAAAUAUCACCACUCGACGGGCCGGCGCAAAAAAGAAGCUUAUUCAAGAUACAGUAAAGGAAGAACUCGCAGGGACUAGCGCAGACCAGCAAGAGACCGAAGCCGGGGAACAAGAGAAGGUCUAUGGGAAAGCAAGGGAGGAGGAACUGGUAGAUAAAGUUACGGCGGCAAAGAAGAAGUUCAGGUAUCAAAUUCCAAUCCUGACUUCGCCUGAAAUCGAUGGCACCCUGAGCAAGUUGCUGGGUACCAUGGUAUCAGUGUCCUUUCAGACCAUGUUGCAAGCCAGCCCAAGACUGCUUAAAGGACUCAGGCAGUUGCUAACGCGUAAGCGCGUAGAGGUAGAGGAAACCGCGGAAUCGCAGGAGCAGGAGACGGAAGGGGCAGAGACGCCCCAAGGCGUCUCCAACCUCCAAAGAAUUCCCGGGGAUUUGGAGGACCUGGAAAAGGCCUUUGCAGACAUCUGCCUAAGCCUACCGGACCGAGAAGGGGGCGAAGUCAUGAGGGCGCCACCCGGGACGAAGCUUAGCUUCCAUGCAUUGCCCGUAGGAAAGCUGAAAGUCCAAAUGGGAACUCGCCACACUGACGCUCUUAGACCGUAUACCGCCAUGCAUACACCGGUAGGGCAAUUGCAGAUGCAAGUGACCCCUAUGGGUUUCACGAACGCAGUGGCAGAAGCGCAAAGGAGGAUGCUUGCCGUAGCAGGGGACAUGUUCCCGAAAAAAUGCGAGCCAUAUAUAGAUGAUAAUCCCAUAAAGGGCGCGCGAGACAAAGAUGAGACGGAGGUCGAGUCAGGCGUACGGAAGUUCGUUUGGGAUCACCUACAGGAUAUCAAGGAUCUACUCCAACGAUUCUUGGUUUAUAACAAUAUUACCGCAAGUGGACCAAAGAGUAUUCUGGCCGUCCCAGAAGUGACCAUAUUGGGGUUUCGAUGUGGGGCCUAUGGAAGGAAGCCUGACCCGGCAAAAACUGAUAAGAUCUCUCAAUGGCCGACGCCCCUGCGCACCACGACGGAAGUACGAGCCUUCCUAGGGGUGGUCGGGUUCUGGAGGAUCUUCAUCAAAGGAUUCGCAAAGAUAGCGGAGCCUAUCCGCGCGAUGAUUAGAGAAGGUGGCACUAUGGAAUGGACCGAGGAUAGAGAAGUGGCAACCCAGACCCUUAAAGACAUCUUGUCUUCCGAUCAGGUCACCCUAGCAGCACCCUGUUUCAACGACGAGGUAGGACGGCCCUUCAUCUUAGAAACAGAUGGGGGACCGCUAGCAGUUGGAGGAGUACUGAUACAGAAAAGCGAGGAAGGCAAGGAAAGGCCAAUCAGAUUUGAAAGUAGAACCUUGAAUUCGGCAGAACGGCGGUACUCACAGUUCAAGAAAGAGGUCUUAGCGAUCCUGCAUUGUCUUAAGACCUUCCAAGCGUACCUGUUUGGGAGGCGGUUUAUCCUGAGGAUCGAUCCAACCAAUGUCGUCGGGGCACUAAAGAACUAUAAGCCUAUAGACCCAACCGUCGGGAGAUGGAUAGGCUUCAUAUGGCAAUUCGACUACAAGAUGUAUGAGGGCGUCUUCAGGGAAAUCGGCCUAGUGCUUAUAGGAAACAAGCAGCCCACGGAAGUCAGCCCCAAGGCAAGGGAGAAAGCCGAAAAGUAUGUUUUAAGGAACGACCACCUGUUCAAGAAGGAAGAGGGGAUGAUGCCUAGACGAGUCGUGUGCGGAAGGUCUAGGCAGUUAGACAUAAUCCAGGCAAUGCACGAUGGACUAGCUGGAGGUCAUAGGUCAUCCAAAGGGACCCUUGCGAAAAUCGCACCACUCUACUUCUGGCCAGGUAUGGCAGGUAUGGUGGCAACGUACUGCCAGACAUGCCUGAUAUGCCAGGAAAGGAGUUCCGCACGUGUCUUCGAGCCCCUUAGACCUACCCGGGUACUAGGGCCGGGGCACUUAGUCCACCUCGACCUUGCGGUCAUGCCGGUGUCUACGGGUGGAUGGUACAUCAUGGAUGCAAGGGAUAACCUCAGUGGCUACGUAGAGGCUGUAGCACUCAAGAGAAAGACAGGGAAGGGAGUGGCCGAUUGGAUAGAGGAUUUCUACCUAAGACACCCCUUUGUGCGCAGGUUCAUAGCAGAUAAUGGGACGGAGUUCGUCAAUCAGGAGGUAUUGAGCAGGCUUAAGACCUUGCACGUACCCAUAAAGAUCAUUGAGCCAUAUCACCCUGAGGCAAAUGCACCGGUAGAAAGGGGGCAUCAGACUUUGAAGAACACAAUCGCCAAGCUGGCAGUGGAUGAUUUGGGAAAUUGGCCACGGUUCCUUAAGCAGGCAGUUUUCUCAGAGAACAUGACACCGAAAAGGACGACAGGGUGCAUUCCAGCAGAACUUUGGUAUGGGAGGGAGAUUGAUUUUCCGGUGGAAGCCUUAAUCCCCACCUGGAACAGGCUAGAUGAUGAUCCACAUCUGUCCACGGAAGAGUCAAUCGUCGCACGUUGUCAACAGGUCAUCAGGAAUGAGGAGGCACUCGAGGAAGUGGUUAACCGUGUGAUGGAUAGUCGGAUGAGGGACAAAGCAAGGUGGGACCAGGUGAAGAAUAUCCGGAAGGAGCCGCUCCAAGUAGGGGAAAAGGUGCUAGUUAGGAACUCGGCCCUUGAGAGCACGUGGUCUGGGCAGCUGGGGAAGAGGUUCAAAGGGCCCUACAGGAUCGCUAAGCGUGUCGGGGACCACGUGAGACCAAAAGAAGAAGCGGUACCGGCGGGACAAAGUGUCGGGGACCGCGUAAGAUCGAAAGAAGAUGUGGUACCGGCGGGACAAAGUGUCGGGGACCACGUGAGACCAAAAGAAGAAGCGGUACCGGCGGGACAAAGUGUCAAUGACCAUGCGAGACCAAAAGAAGAUGUGGUACCGGCGGGACAAAGUGUCGGGGACCACGUGAGACCAAAAGAAGAUGUGGUGUCAACGGGACAAAGUGUCGGGGACCACGUGAAACCAAAAGAAGAUGUGGUGCCAGCGGGACAAAGUGUCGGGGACCUCGUGAGACUAAAAGAAGAUGUGGUGCCGGUGGGACAAAGUGUCGGGGAUCACGUGGGGGACGAACAAAGGUGCGGCAUCAAUGGGGUAAGUGCCGAGGGCUACAUGGCACCAAUGGGACCGGUGUCGGGAACCAUGAGGGGCUAAGCAAAAAAAUAAUGAGUACGGUACUAGCACGGGACAAGUGUCGGGGACUAGUGUCGGGGACUAGUGUCGGGGACUAGUGUCGGGGACUAGUGCGGGGCAAGUGGCGGGGACCUGUGGCGUCCCAAGGGAAAAUUGCGGCAAGGUGUGUGGUGUAAAAAAAAAAUAAAAACAAGUUGCGCCGUCAAGAUCAGAGAUCUUAGCGGCCAAAUUUAUUAGCACCACUAGUGCAAGCACUAGUGGGAGCAAGUGGGAAGGCGAAAAGAAAAAUAAAAAGUAAAAGAACAG